CCACGAGAUGGGAUACCUUCUUUGGAAGCAGAUCCGUUUUCAACGCGCGCACAGAACUUACGCGUCAACUAUAAAUGGCGCCACUUUAGCCCGUCGUCUUCGUUCUCACGCGGCAAUAACCCCCACCUUCCUUCUGCUUGGCUGUGGAAGCGACGGUCUUCUCUGGCACUCCGACUUGAAGCCUCAUGCCUCCGGUGAUUUCUCCAUCGCCGUUGCUCAAGCCAAUUCCUGCCUCGAAGAUCAGAGCCAAGUCUUUACGUCUCCCUCCACCACCUACGUCGGUGUCUACGAUGGCCAUGGCGGUCCUGAAGCUUCUAGAUUCGUUAACAAACGCCUCUUUCCUUGUUUACAAAAACUUUCCGCUGAAAAUGGGGGGUUAUCAGUGGAUGUGAUAAAAAAGGCGUUUCAUGCAAUUGAGGAUGAUUUCUUGAGCUUGGUGAAGCAAUCGUUGCACACUACUCCCCGAAUUGCUUCGGUAGGAUCGUGUUGUCUUCUUGGUGCAAUCUCUGAUAAUGUAUUAUAUGUUGCGAACCUUGGUGAUUCUAGAGUAGUUCUUGGCCGGAGAGUUUUUGGGGACUACAAGCAUCCGGUGGUGGCACAAAGACUGUCAACUGAUCAUAAUGUCUCUGUUGAGGAGGUGAGGAGAGAGGUCAAAUCUCUUCAUCCUGAUGAUGAACACAUUGUGGUUUUUAGUCGUGGAACUUGGAGGAUUAAAGGCAUUAUACAGGUGUCAAGAUCUAUAGGUGAUAUGUAUCUCAAGAACCCUGAUUGUUCUAGAGACCCACUUUUUCAGAAAUUUGGUAACCCCAUUCCUUUGAAACGUCCUGUAAUGACGGCUGAACCAUCAGUCAUUGUCAGAGAUCUUGAGUCGCAAGAUUUGUUUCUGAUAUUUGCAUCAGACGGCCUUUGGGAACAAUUAACUGAUAAAGAAGCAGUUGAAAUUGUGUACAAAUAUCCAAGAGCUGGCAUUGCCAUGAGGUUGGUGAGAGCUGCACUUGAUUCAGCAGCAAGGAAGAGAGAGAUGAGAUAUAAUGACAUGAAGAAAAUUAACAAGGGAGUGAGAAGACUUUUCCAUGAUGACAUUACUGUUAUAGUAAUGUAUCUUGAUCACCGAAAUGGGUCUACCUACAAAGUUAAGAAAAAUGCUCUCAGUUCCAUAAGUGCUCCUUUGGAUAUUUUCUCCCUGAACGCAGACGAAGCUGAACAGAGUGUCCUUCGUACAGCUUCCUGAAGAAUAGAACUUGCCAUGGCUCUACAUGGUAUCAUCGGACUAAAAGAUGGAUGAAGAUGACCAAUGUAGCUACAUUCUGGCAGAGGAUCCAUUAGAGGAAGGGUGAAAUUUCAGAGAUGGUAACUGAAGGUUACUGAGAACUUGUUAAUAAUGCAGAUAAGCAUGUACAUAGUUUUGGAUUCUCUUUUUCGGUCGCUGAACGCUGAUCUCAAUGCUGUUUCUCAGACUUUGAGAUGCUAAGAGAAUAAAAUUCAAUUUGAUUGAUUUUUGAUGA